AAAUAAACUAUCGAUAAUUACUUUCAGCACUUGGACGAGGUUCGGGAAUUCUUGAUUUAUCCAAAAAAUUAAUUAACUUAACCAUGGCCGCCCGCCGCGUAGCUCAAUCUUCGAUCAACUGGUCUUCUCUGGCCGAACGUGUUCCCGCUAACCAAAGAAGCAGCUUUGGUGCCUUCAAGACCAAGUCGGACAUCUACGUGCGUGCAGUUUUGGCCAAUCCAGAGACGCCACCAAAAAUCGAUUGGGCCAACUACAAGCGUCUGAUUCCGGUUGCUGGUCUGGUUGAUAGCUUCCAAAAGCAGUACGAUGCCCUGACCGUACCCUACCCAAAGGAUACUGUGUCGCCUCAGGUGGAUGCGGAAAUCAAAGAUUCGCAGUCGGAGAUUGCAUCGUACAAGAAGGCCUCCGAGCAGCGCAUUCAGAACUACCAGAAGGAAAUUGCCCAUCUUAAAUCAUUGUUGCCCUAUGAGCAAAUGACCAUGGAGGAUUACCGUGAUGCAUUCCCUGACAGUGCUCUGGAUCCCAUCAACAAGCCCACAUUCUGGCCCCACACACCAGAGGAACAGGUGGGUUACAAAUCCAAGGAGCAGUUGGAAGCUGAGGCCCAAGGCCAUCACUAAAGCUUCAACUAGAGGAUUAGGAAAACGGUCACCAAUAAAGCGAGCGGAAUCCUGAAAGUCUCUUCGAUUCGAAAUGUUAAAAUCGAUGUAAAAGUAAAUAACAAAUAAUAAUAAAAUUAUGAAA